CCCCUUUUGUGUGAAUUUUGCCUAUGGUGUUGAAGGAAAUAAACUUUUUGCAGCAAAGGGAAAGGGAAAAAACGUUCGUAUUUGCACGAAAUUCCAGCCGUUUAGGGAAACUUGUGGGUAACAAUUUUCGUAGAGAUAAACAUUCCAGUUACUUUAUUAGGCUGUGCAGCGAAAGCGAAAGCGAAAACAAAAACGAAAACAAAAACGAAAACGAAAACGAAAGCGAAACGAAAACGAAAACGAAAGCGAAACGAAAGCGAAGACAUAUAUAGGCAAAGCUGAAAAUACAUAACAAGCCCAUGUAUUCCAAUACUCAGUCGUACGAUUUCUUACAGUUUGUGUAUAUUUGAGCAG